AAUUGUGAAUAUUACAUCCAGAAAAACUGGAACCAUAGAACAGGCAGCUGGUCUUAUCCUUACUGAUUGACGAGAUCUAUAUAGUAAGGAACCGAAACAGUUGAGCUUAGAACAUUGCACCUAAAACCAAUUUCAGAUUUUCUCACUUAUAUUCCAACUUAUAAUCAACAAACAUCACCUAAGUAUCUCCUUUGUCCAGAUCAUGGCGGCCGCUGCUGUUGGUGAAGCAUUUCUCUCUGCCUUCAUUGAAGUUGUCCUUGACAGACUUGCUUCUCAUCAGGUUCUUGACUUGAUCCGUGGGAAGAAAAUUGACAUCAAUUUGGUCCAAAGGUUGAAGAACACUCUUUAUGCUGUGGAAGCUAUGUUGAACGAUGCUGAACAGAAGCAGAUUCAUGACUCUUCUGUUAACAAAUGGCUUGAUGAUCUCAAAGAUGCUCUCUAUCUUGCUGAUGACAUUCUCGACCACAUCUCUACCAAAGCCGCUCUUUCCAACCACAACAAGCAGGUCAGUACUGCUAACUAUUUCUCUCGCCUUUUCAACUCUGAGGAAAGGGAUUUGGUUGGUAAGCUGGAAGAUAUAGUUGCUAGGCUUGAAUACAUUCUCAAUUUCAAAGAUAUUCUUGGCCUUCAACAUAUUGCAACUCAUCACUCAUCCUGGAGAUCUCCAUCAACCUCUCUAGAUCACCCAUCUAACAUAUUUGGUAGGGAUCAAGACAAAGAGGCCAUACUCAAAUUACUCUUACAUGAUGAUGAUGAUAACAUCUCUGUGAUUCCCAUAGUUGGUAUGGGUGGGGUGGGAAAAACUACCUUAGCCCAAUCUGUGUUUAAUACUAUAAAGCAAAAUGUUCCAGCGUGGGUUUGUGUUUCCGAUGAUUUCGAUGAACUCAAGGUAACCAAGGCCAUCUUAGAGGCAGUUGCAGGGAGAUCUUGUAAUAUAAAUAACAAAGAGUUACUUCAUCUUGAUUUGAAGGAAAGACUGUCUGGAAAAACGUUCUUGAUUGUUUUGGAUGAUGUAUGGACUGAAGAUUAUGACAGUUGGAACUCUCUUAUAAGGCCUCUUCAAUAUGGAACUAAGGGAAGUAAAGUUCUUGUAACUACCCGUAUUGAUAAAGUUGCUUCAAUGGUCCAAACUUUUCAGGCUUACCCUCUUCAGCAAUUGUCCGAUGAAGAUUGUUGGUCCGUGUUUGCAAACCAUGCAUGUCUUCCUCAAGAAGAAUCCAAUGAGUACACGGAUCUCCAAAAGACUGGCAGAGAGAUUGUUAGAAAAUGUAAAGGAUUGCCUUUAGCAGCACAAUCACUUGGGGGCUUGUUGCGACGAAAACGUGACAUUAGGGAUUGGAAUAAUAUACUAAAGAGUAACAUUUGGGAAAUCGAGAGUAAGAUCAUUCCAGCACUAAGAAUUAGUUAUCAUUAUCUCCCUCCCUAUUUGAAACGUUGCUUUGUUUAUUGUUCCUUAUAUCCUAAGGAUUUUGAAUUUAAUAAAGACGAUUUGAUUUUGUUGUGGAUGGCUGAAGAUCUUUUACCGUCUCUAAAAAAUGGGAAGACUUUAGAAGAAGUUGGUAAUGAGUAUUUUAAUGAUUUAGCUUCAAGAUCGUUCUUUCAACGUUCGGGAAGUGGGAACCAAUACCGGCGUUUUGUGAUGCAUGAUCUGGUGCAUGAUUUAGCAACAUUGCUUGGUGGAGAAUUCUAUUUCAGAACAGAAGAACUUGGGAAAGAAUUGAAGAUCAGUACCAAGACUCGUCAUUUGUCAUUUAUUGCGUUCAGUGAUCCUGUCUUGGAAAACUAUGAUGUUUUCAGCAGAGCAAAAAACCUUAGAACGUUUUUGACAACGAGUUUUAGAUUUCCUCGAGUCAACUAUGAAAAGGCACCAUGCAUCAUUUUGGAGAAUUUGAAGUGUUUAAGAGUUUUGUCAUUUCGAUCUUUGCAUAAUGUUGACUCAUUGCCUGAUUCAAUAGAUGAACUAAUCCAUUUGCGUUAUUUGGACCUCUCUUUCACAGAUAUACAAACUUUGCCGGAGUCAUUGUGUAAUUUGUAUAAUCUACAAACGUUGAAGUUGCGCGGUUGCCUACAGCUAACCAUGCUUCCAAAUGACAUACAAAAUCUUGUAAAUUUGCGCCAUCUUGAUAUUAGUGGAAUGAAUGAGUUAGAAGAGAUGCCUAGAGAAAUGAGCAAAUUAAAUCAUUUGCAACAUCUGAAUUGCUUUGUUGUGGGCAAGCAUGAAAAGAAUGGGAUCAAGGAACUGGGAACUCUUUCAAAUCUUCAUGGAUCACUUUUUAUUCGUAAAUUGGAGAAUGUUACCAAUAGCUUGGAAGCAUCAAAGGCACAUAUCAUGGAUAAGAAGUACCUUGAGGGAUUAUCGUUUGAUUGGUCUGAAGAUGCAAAGGACCAUUUUACAAAUUCACAAAGUGAGAUGGAUAUACUUGGAAAGUUACAGCCUGCCAAGAACUUGAAAUGGCUAAUUAUAUCUGGAUACAGAGGCACAAGAUUUCCAUAUUGGGUUGGGGAUCCUUCCUACCACAAUAUUACUCGGCUAACUCUGUCUAAUUGUCAAAAUUGUUGCAUCCUUCCACCACUUGGACAAUUACGCUCUCUUAAGGACUUGACAAUCUAUGCAGUGAGUAUGCUGGAGACUAUUGGAUCUGAAUAUGGUGAUUCCUUUUCAGGAGUCCUCUUUCCCUCCCUUAAACGUCUGGAGUUUAGUAAGAUGCCAUGUUGGGAAGUGUGGCAUCAUUCUCAUGAGUCAGAUGUUUCAUUUCCUGUAUUAAAGUCUCUUGUGAUUGCUGAUUGUCCCAGAUUACAUGGAAGUUUGCCAUCUCAUCUUCUUGCCGUGGAAACAAUUAAGAUUAAACAUUGCAACCAACUCGACUCUUCACUCCCAAGUGCUCCUGCCAUCCGCAAGUUAUGCAUAAUUGAAAGCAAUAAAAUAGGCUUGCAUGAACUACCCAUUUCAUUGGAAGAAUUAAAAAUUCAAGGAAGAGAAAUGACAAAGUUCGUCUUUGAAGCCAUUGCCAUCAGCCUAACAUCUCUUCAAAUUUUAGAUAUCAGGGACUGUUUGUCUGCGAUAUCAUUUCCGGGAGAUUGUUUACCCUUUUCCUUAAAGAGUUUGUCCAUCAGAAAUUCUAGUAAUCUGAAUUUUCCAAAGCAAAACCACCAACAUGAGUCACUUCAGUCUUUGAGGAUAGAUAGGAGUUGUGAUUCUCUCACAACCCUCCCAUUGGAGAUCUUUCCAAACCUCGUUUCUCUCGGAAUCUAUAAUUGUGAAAACAUAGAAUGCCUUUCAGCUUCGAAAAUUCUUCCAAAUCUCAUUGAUAUUGACAUUAGAGACUGCCCUAAAUUUGUAUCAUUCCCAAGAGAAGGAUUGUCUGCACCCAACUUGACAUCGUUGCGUGUCUCCCGGUGCCUUAAUUUAAAGUCAUUGCCUUGUCACAUAAAUAAUCUUUCUAAGGUAACCCCUCUUUUAAUUUGCCCCCAGCAGAGUCGCCAGUUCUGUAACACGGUGAACUGACUUUUAUUUUUAAUAUGCAACAAUGUUGCGGUGAGCAAGAGUCGCCACCGACUUUUAUUUUAUCCAAUUAGGAAAGGUAUAAAAGAACAGGAAAGACCUUCUUUGAAAAGAGAUUGAGUUCGGGGGGUAGGUUAUGAAAAGGGAAGGUGUAAGCACCCUUUUCAUCCGUAGUUAUCUACGGGCUCUUAGUUGCUUGGCUCACUUUUGUUUGAAAUGUUUGAUUUGUUUGAAAGAGUAGUGUGUGUUUAGAAAAACACUUUUGUUUUGAAAAUGUCUAAAAAGACAAUGUUAGAAAACAGGGUGUGAAAAGCAUUUGAAUCGUUUUUGUUGUGAGCAAGCAAUUAAGAGUUCCUACUCUAGUUUGUAAGGUCUUUCCUAUUCAUUAAGGCUUUCCUUGGGCGAUAGUACUAUCCAUACCAUAUGAGGGUAGGUAGUCCUAUACAUUGGAUGUGCGGGUCAUCGAAGGGUCAUCGAAUCGUCAUAGAGGCUAUCCAUACCAUAAAGAGGGUAGGAAGUCCUAUGAGAUGUGAAUAGUCAUAAAGGCAACCAGUAGAGAUACCUUAGCAAUCCGAAGGGACUAUCAUCAUUUAUCGAAGGCAACUUGAGGGACGAGAUCAUUUCGUCGUAGGCAACUCGAAGGGACUAUGAUCUUUAUUCCGAAGGGUCAAUGAUGAUUUUGAAUCGUAGGCAGCAGGUGCUAAGGUACCCCUACGCUUCGAGGGACUUUGACUAUUAUUUUCCGAAAGGCAACUGAGAGGGGAUACCCUAAAGGUGAGUGAAUGCGAGUGUGUCAGAUUCGAGUAUUUAUUUAUCUUGAAUUAAGUUAGCUAACAAUUGGUUUUAGUCUCGAGCAUACAAUCCUAAACCAUACAUCUAAACAGAUAAUAGUAACAGUUAUAAUAUGCGGAAAGUAAAUGCGGAAACAUAAACCUACGCUAUUACAAAAAUGUCCUUACAACCUAUACAUCGAUUUCUAAAAUUUAAAUGAUCAUAAUUAAAUAAUUUAAGUAAUAAUAAAAAAAACAAGCACGCGACAUUCAUUGAGUUUGAGGUGAGAAGAGAAAUCGAGAUAGAUUAGGGUUUAGUAAAAAAAAUCUUAGGUUAAUAAUUUAAAAGUUAAUCUAAUUGGCCUAACUAAAUCAAACCUAAUUAACUAAAUUUAUUAAUUCUA